AUGGAUUGUGAUACUCGAGGACCACCAACAUAUCUUUCCUAUUUUUCUAUGACUAUAUCGCUGUUCCUCUUAUGCAUCACCAUCCUGGGGAAUCUGUUCGUCUUGUUAGCGGUCUAUCAAGAUCCUCACAAAGAACUAAGGAAACCUUUCACGGUCUUAAUCGCCAACCUGGCGCUGGCAGAUUUGACUGCGGGUGCCAUAACAGAACCGAUGGCGGCGUACUUCACGAUUCAGGAAGUGCGGGGGAGUGUAGUGGAAGAUCUCGCCGUGUAUGUUACACAUUUGAGCUACUUCAUGUCAUGCACUUCCUCAGUAUUAACCCUUGGUGUACUUGCAAUUGAUAGAUAUCUAGCCAUAUCGUAUUCUUUGUGGUAUAAAUCCCAUGUCACUUUGUCUUUGACCAUGAAGAUUUGCAUGGCGGCAUGGAUCGUGUCCAUGUUACUAUCAUUGGCGUAUAUCAAGAUCGGUUUCAUCAAUUUUGCGUUUGUUUUUGCCAACACAGCAGUGCUUAGUACAACAUGUGUUCUAGUUUUCGCUUAUUACCGGAUAUUUAGAUCUCUCCGCAUUCGCACGAUUCAAGUGGGAAUCUUACAUGAAGGUGGCUAUCAACAAUGCGAAAGGAAAAAGUAA